AUGCAACUCUUCCAGCCUAAGGAGACCGUAAACCUGUAUCUCGCAGAAGCUGCCUCACCUGGAUUUGGGCAACCUCCUGCGACACCCAGCCAACCGCCAUCAUACUCAGCGAAGAGGGUAUUUGGGUUUCCGCUGUGGGCACUCCUCCUGGUUGCCUUCAUAGUCUUGGCAGUUAUACUUUGGGGAGUUCUUGGGGGCAUUCUUGGUUCGAAAUCACAGUCCAAGACUUCGGAGCCCCAAACUGUGACAGCGCCAGGGCCGACGGGUGCGGUAACGGUCACUUGUUCAGCCAUCAGGCAGUACCGAUGCUGCAACUUUUUCCAUGUAGAAUCGAGUACCUUAAAAGUCAAAAAUUUUGGAGACAACGAUUGGAAGUCCUUGGGAGAUGUAACGCCAGCUCUGGGUCCAAAGGAAGCAUCAGCGAUAACCGCUGUAUCUUGGAUAGACAAUGGCGGUGAUGAGAACUUAGGCACUGUCAUUGCCUCCACCGAUAUCUCAGAAAUCUCUAGUGUCGCUGCCGUGCACCGAGGUAGUUCUUCUGUCUCGUCAAACAACCAACUUCGAGUGUACUACGAGAGUACAAAAGGAGGAGUUACCGAGGUGAUCUAUUCUUCUGCUCUUUCCAUCUCGGUGAAGAACACCUCGACGACCGACCCAUACGCCGCAUUCAGCACAUCGGGCUAUUACAAGUCGACCUCCGACCUAACCUUCUCAACUCGAUCCAAUGUUAUUCCGAGUGACAAACAUCCAGUUAAGAUAACCUCUGACGGCGAAUCGACGUUUACAACUUGGAAUAGUGUAAAGGAAUGGAUAGACGGAGAUGAUGCUGGCGGUGCGAUUGGUGGUAUAGGAUGGAUGGAUGAGACUAGUACUGAACAGGCGAGGUUUUAUUAUUCGGUGAGUGGGAAUGUCCAAGAAAUGGGGUUGAGCGGAGCCACCUAG